AUUUAAGUAGAGUAGGAAUAGAAUUGUUCCCUUGUAUGUUGAAUCUUCUAUACGAUGGAUUUCUUGACGAUGUAGGACAAACAAAUAAGAUGAGGCAGAGGCACACCCAUCGCGCGGUCGCGUCCCAAAUUUGGGCUCGCCCCGGCGAUCCCCGAGACUCCUCGUUUUUCGGUGACUGAGGUUACGACAGCACUCAAGUCUACUGUUGACGAUCUGCUUGUCGCUUGCUAAGUACUUCCACGCGAGCGUGACCCAUUCGCCGCAGGAGCUAGCUGCGUGUUUAUUUGUCGCGUCUGGCAGUGUCGUGUGCCAGUGAGUCGCAGUUGCGAGGGUGAAGUAGCUCUGGCGCAUUCGCAUUGUGCAAGUGGGUAGAAGGCUAUCUAUUUGCGACAAAUUAUGGCGACUGCAGCGGGAGAUCAGACGGGCGCGCCGCCGAAGCCGGCCGAGCUCGAGAAGGCGCAAGUGGCGGAGGCAUAUGGAAGCGCCAGGCUUGAAAUCGUCAAAGUUGAAAUAGUUUGUAAUGCAUAAAAUGCGAUACAAAAAGUGACUCUAUUGUUGAAGGCGCGAGGGAGGCAGAUUCUAGUGCUGGUGAGGGUCAACAAUUGGGCUGCUGACUAGCAUGACAGGGAGCAACCACCUUUCCCGAAACAGCAUGACAGACUUGCUUCAGAGGCCAGGAAAAUUUGUCAUGCGCCGGUUGGAAACUGUGGGUCCAGCUGGUAUAGAUUUUAUGCAUCACAAAUUAUUUCAACUUUGUUAAUUUCAAUCCUGACAGUCCCAUAAGGCACGGUUUGACCGUAUCAUCCGGCAGUUGAAGAAUCUAGCGCUGUAUGACAAGCUACAAAAAACCGACCGGCUGCACUUGAUCACAAGGGCAGAAGUAGUGGAGUUAUUCAACAUUCUAGAUCAGAACAACUCGGGGGAAAUAACACGAGAAGACCUCUUGAUUCUGGCCUCGAUACCAGGUUUGCUAUAGAAUUUUUAUGGCUGUGCUUUGCUGGUCCGCCCUUAUCCUUUGCAAUGUCACAAGCAGGCAGUUUAUAGAUGUAAAUCAAUGGAUACGACCAUCCGUGGAGAAGAACAAUAUAUGUGGUCUGUGCUUCUUUAUUGUGUUUGAUGAGCUUUCUCUUUGUGGCUGGUCCUAUCCAGUUUAUUUUCAAAAUUAGGUUUGAUGAUAUCAUAUGUUAAUCUUGUCGGAUCGAUAAAACUUAUGAUGUCACUGUCAGCUUAAUUGUAUACCAUUUCGUAAAGUGGAUUUCACAUGAAGACCACGAUAAAAACCAUGAAAUUAAAUCAGGAUCAAACUUUUCGGAGACCCAUGUCAACAGCAUCAUGGAGGAUUGUGAUCGCGAUUAUCCAGACUAAAAAUCUCCCCAACCAAGAGUCAAGAUGAGAGUUUUGCUUUGGGUGUUGCGCAUGACAAGUUUCUGCUCGUGGUUUAGCCCAUCCGCAACACAAACCGAUCGUCUUAGCUUCCUCAUUCGGGCAUGACAAACUUCCCGACAGCAUUAUGAAUGCUCCUCGUGGGUUUGGGCCUGCACAUGAGAAAGAUGUUUUUCCGUUUUACAAUUGCAGACUUCCAUGCCGUUCUGACCCUAGAUCUCCUGCGUCCGAAGCUGCUUGCGGCGACGGUGCAAAGGUUUUUGAAGUGGCGCAGUCGGGUAUGCAUGACAAAUGGCGUUGCUGCACCGUUUUUAGCAUAAAACAGAUGUGUGCUGGGGACGUUUUUCCACAGGAUAGAGAUGGUAACGGGAUCAUUACCAUCGAAGAACUUUUUAAGGCGGUCUAUGAACUGCAAAUGUGUCUGGGUCUGGAAGGUUGCGAGACGUGUACUGAAGCGCUGCCAGAACAAAAAAGAGCUUCAUGAGCAUGAGAAUGCAGCUCCUUUUUCUUCAUGCAAAGUCGCGAUUUUUCAUGUGUUUUAUUACGGGAUACAUAGUUAAAAAAUUAUUGUCCUCGUGCCUGCAUGCCUAUUCGACUUCGUUUAUCACGAUCACGACGCUCACUAACGCCUUUACAUGAAAAGAUUCUAAACCUCCCAGGCAUAUUUGCCAUGCAUACGGUCACUCAGGGAACCAUGGCGUUUUCUGUCAUGUUGGACGAAGUCUCGGGGCGCAGAAUACAUGGCACCAACGACGAGUGCUCGCGUGAGCAUCUGCUGCGCUACAUGAAGCACCAGUUCAACAAGGACUAUGCAAGAAAAAUACUGUGGAAGUGUAAGUCUGUGAUGCAGAAAAUACAAAACAGUUACACUUGUCAUGCCAGACAGCCAUGAAGUCCUCGCUUUAUGUGUGUCUCCCCUUAUAAGCCACGCAUGACAGGUUUUCUCUGUCAUGUAGAGCAAAUUUGUGAUGCUGUCAGCUAAAGAAAGUUACACUAACGCAGUUUUUUUCUUGGAUAAGGACGAUGCGUGUUUCAGUUUACCCUUCACGCUAUGCAUUCCAAAAGUAUCGUAGUCGUAUCAGAAGUAUGAAUUGCAUUACAAAUUCGCUCAGCAUUAAAAGGGUUUUCGUAAUGCGGAUACACCUUGGGACUGGGAACUAGAGUGGUAAUGCGGGAUCGCAAUUGCGUACGACUACGAUGCUUUUCCACAGGAUAUACGCUGCUUUUUUUCACCGUGUUUCUGUUCCUUAUUCAGAUUCAUUUGGAGAUCUCUAUGCAAUGUAAAUUUCCCGUACAUGUACAAACUGCAUGACAAAUAUUGCUAAUUUGCAGUGUACAACUUGUCAUGCUAGACUAGGAUUGAAGGCAAACUUUGUCAUGCAGAGACAGCCUUUGUACGUGUACAGGAAAUUUCCUGUGGAUAAUCUCCUCAACCUUCUUAGUCCACUCUGCCAUCCAGCACGAAAUUGACGGCGAGGGAGGCCGGACGAAUCACGAAGGACCAUUUCUCAUGAGAGACGUUCACGAUGUAUAAUUGCGUCCUAAGUUAGUAGCCUUGAUUCUAACCGCUCUUGACCCAGACAAGAGAUACAUGAAUAUGGUGAUGUUAUACCAGUGUUUUUGUUUAUUACCAACGAAGUCUCGGCAUUUGUAAAUUGAUACACAGUUUAUUUCAGUUAUGCUUAUGUCAUGUUAGUGAACUACCAUAAUAUCAAAAACCUUUUCAAUUUUUUUUUCUCCACAGACACCGACUUUCUGGGAUUGGUUCAACUCGUCCUUCGUAGCAUGCACAUUCAAAUCCGCUGCCGUAUCCAGUGCAUAUCAGGUGUCUGCUUUCACGUCAGAUGAACAUGUCAAUGUCAAUUUAUACGCAAACCCGCAUAGAGAAGUGUCUUCUCAAAGCAGGAUAAGGGCAAAGCCAAUAAGAUGAAGUACUAGGAGAGCACUUUUUAUUGAUCAUUGUUACUGUACGAAUGCGACCGAUUUGCUUGCGACGAAUGCAGCACAUAGUCGAUCUCUUCACAUAUGCAUUUUUCAAAAUCAAUAUGCAUUUGUACGAUCAUGAUAAAAAAUAUGAUGCAAAGCGGGAAUUGGCAUAGCGAAUCGGAAUCCAGCGCCUGUUGCCUGCGGUGCUUUCACAGGCAUGAUUUUGACUCUACAUGAUGCAGCUGCGAGUGCGACACUGUUUUUGUAUUGGAUACGUGUACUGGUUGCCUGAUUUUCCUGUUCCGGGGCGAGUGGGCACCUUCAAUCAGAUAGUUGGCGGUGUGGGGUUGACAAAGCACGAGACCAUUAUGGAGAAAUGCGAGCAGGAUGAGUGGCUUCAGACAACCUACGAUGCACGAGCUAUUGAAGAGUCUCUAACACCGUGUGCCUACAUGGACGGCGCCGAGGUGGAGACCACGGAAUGGCUCUUCUAUCAGAUGCACGAAAAUGACCUUCGGGACCAAAUCGAAAACCUGAUUAACACACAGUGGCUUAACUAUCCCACGAAAAUGUUGAGUCAAGGGAAACAGGAGCUAUGCGUAUGCACACGACGCGGCUAAAAAGACUUGCAUGCAUGAUGGAUGACGCAGGUGCAGUUUGAAGAUCUGACGCAGACCAUCCGCGCAAAUUAUUGAAACGCUGAUAUACCUUUAAUAGGAAAGGAAAAAACUUUAAAAAAUCUUCCAAGAAGAAGGGCACUGGUUGCGACGAAAUGUUGUCUGAGAACAUCGAAGUACUUGUGACAAGUCCUUCGAAGAUGUCCUCAGCUGAACUAAAUUUAUCACCGCUGGCAGUCCAGAAAGAACUGAGGUAGAUGAAGCGGCACACUUUUCGUACACGCUCCAACUUGAUAGCUGCCUCAGACUUUCGUGCGGAUAAAAGCCCGAAGGUGACGCUAAUCCGAAUUCGAUUUCUCAGCUACAACGCACCUUACGGCCUUUUUACGAGUACGCAUCUGGAUAUUGCGUGGGACAGACAGGGUCUCUAUAGGAUAAGGUAUCCAAUAGACCUACCAUUUUGAUGGGUAUUUUUUCACCCACUCGCAUGUCCUGUCAUUGCUUUUGCCAUUUUCUGUCUUUUCUAGCGCAGUAUACCCGCCCUCGCCGUCUCCAUUCUAUUGUGCAUUUUUAUUUGCAGUCAGUGAUGUCAAUCUCAACACACACUUGCAAUGUAUCAACAUCCGACUCUUCCAUUUCUGAUCAGAUCAGCAUGAGCGCCACGGCGGGGCAUACCUGCUGGCGCUGCUGUUCAUCUUGUUCGAUGUUUUCGAAUAAAUCGGCUUGCUCGAGGAACGCGUGAUGCACGAUAGCAACAAAAGUGGUAGAUGAUGGUGGAGACACGACAGUGACGGAGACACCUGAUUAGCAGUCGACUCUUCGAUCGAUAAUUUUUAAGAAUAUAUUUAUAAUAAAAUCAGGUACUACAUGACCUCGUUUGAGGCGGACCCAUAUGCGAAGGGGUGGAAAGUGAUCAUAGAUUUGCUGUAUGUGGCCCUGGUCAUGAAGAUGAUGUACGCGGAGUCGAAGGAGAUGAUACCGGCGAUCAAAAAUGGUCUCGAUGGGUUUCUCGACUACUGGGAAUUCUGGAACGCGAUCGAUUGGCUUUCCAUCUUCACCGGUGUCGUGCUACUUGCGAUGUGGCUUUCCAUGGUCGGAAGCAUCAGUGGGCAAUUGAAGGAGGAGAUAAUAGGUACUGAUAGUUUCCUUUUUCCCACUGUUCAUCUUUGGCCUGCUGCAUCCUAAGUUUCGUUGUAGUUGACCUGACCCGCAAAUAAGACCGUUCCGCUGCGUCGCUGUGGAUGCUGGCGCAGGCUAGGGCCUUUGUCUUUUGUAGCGUUAGCGUUACUCUUCUAUUGUACUUACUACAGCGUUAGCUUCUUUCCAUGAUAGUAGAGUGUCAACAAUAGCAAUCCGCACCACCUUUCUCGCUUGGCAGGUCUCCCGUCCCAGCAGAUCGAAGGCAGGAUGGGUUUGGACUCCUACAUUGUGCAGAUUGCGGAUUUUUUGACUCCGCAGCAAAUCGAAGACCAGAGUGGGCAAACCUUGGAAGACAUGGCGGCGAAAAGCGAGAAGGUGCUCACCGCACUAGAGGAGAUUAUCCGCAGAAAAAAACCCAUUUCCAUCCAUUUUUUGCAUGACAAACACAGGACUUUAUACGUGUUUUGCAUGACAAAUUAGAUGCGGAUGGGUGUUUCUUCCUGGAUAGAGAUCGUCAGUUCCUACUCGCUGUUCCGCAGCUUCAUUGCGGGAUACAUUUUGGUGAUGAUGAUGCGAUUUUUCAAGGCUUUCCGCGCCAACCCCCGUCUGAACGUGGUGACGCAAACGAUUCUGGAGGGGUCCACCGAUAUCAGUCACUUCGCAGUGGUGUUUCUCACCAUUUUCACCGCCUUCGUGUUGUGUGCGCAGGUGCUGUUUGGAAGCCGAGUGAAGCAGUUUUCCACGCUCACAAGGGCGUACAACAUGGCUUUCCGCAUUCUCAUGGGCGAGUUUGACUUCGACGCCAUGACCCUCGGGAGCGACCUGGACUACCUGUACGGAACCCUCUGGUUCUGGAUGUUCGAAACCUUGGUCUUCUAUGGAUGUGUCAGAGUUGAAAUCGACAAAGUUGAAAUAAUUUGUCAUGCAUAAAAUGGAUGCCAGUUGGAACCCAGUUUCCAAGUGGCGCGUGACAAAUUUCGGUGGUCCCUAAAUCCAGUUUGUCAUGCUAUUUACUUUUAGGCGAAGAAGAGCGAUUUUCUCAUGCUACUUUAGCAGCUCGAGCUGUAACCCCAAACAUGCUUACAAUCGGCUUCACUUGCCUGCUCUGCAACACAUGUGCCUCGGGUCAUGCAUUUCAUGCAUUACAGAUUAUUUCAACUUUGACGAUUUCAAACCUGACGCUUCCAUAUCUUCCUGAUCAUGUUUAAUAUGUUGCUAGCCAUUGUAAUGGACACCUACGCAAAAGUGUCCGGAAAAAAAGAGGGCAGCGAAACAAUGGUAUAAAAAUGAGCAAAUAUUGCCCUUUCAUCAUUAAACGACUUGUACAAUAUUAUAUUGCGUUGAAGAUUUUCUUUCGAAUCCUCGUCGGCCGCCACUUUGUACAACAUGUGUUCGCCUCCCACUUGUAGUUCUUUUGUCAAGGAAACAAGUACUGGAACUUGAAGAGCAAGUAGCCGAUUAUCACGAGGGGCAGCUUAACUAGGCAGCCGCUGUGCCUGCGGCGGGAAAUAAUCCUAUUUUCAAAUAUAAAACACAUCAAACACUUAUCUAUGAUUCUUGAAAUUGAUCAGGUUGAACAAACCUUCUCGACGUACCGCAUGUUGCAGCUGACCAAGAAGGCGGGGCACUUGAACCUGUGGUACCUGAUCUGCGAGUUCGAAGACGAUGACGAUCCGGCGCACCCAGAAAAGAUCGUGUCGGUGCGUUCUCUGCGUCGCGCCUUUCCGAAAAUGACGAAGCACAACGCGGAGUUUCUGAUCCACAAAACCAUCGAGCACUUGCAAGACGAAGAGGCUGGGGCGGAGGCGGUGACACUCACCAUGGCCAUGAAGAUGAUCACGAAGUCGUUGCAGUUCUCGAAGCGAUAUGCAAUGCAAGAGCAUCGUACUAGUAUAAAUUGCAUUACAAAUUAGCCCAGCAUUACAAAUUAAAUUUGUAGUGCUGAUUUACCUUGGCCUUGGGAAAGAGAUUUGUAAUGCAUAAAUGCAAUUGCUACGAAUACGAUACUUUUGCACACGAUAAGCGAACCAGCGAGCAGAUGGAGCUCGUCUACGCUGAAAUGGUAUCAAAUGUAAAAAUGUCUGGGUCUGGAAGAUUCUAAACUUGUAAUGCUGUCUCUGGAUCCUAAGAAUAAGAAAAUUUGUAUUGCAUGACCAGCAAGGGGACUCCAGUUCGUGCUACGCGGAGAGGGCAUUUCUCAUGCGGUAGAGGCAUCACAGAGUCCUCUAAAAAUCUGUGAUGCUAGGGCAUGCAUCACAGACAUCAUGGGUCAUUCAAAAUAUGCAUGACAAACCUGGCAAUCUUCCAGACCCAGACACUUUUGCAUUUGAUAAAUGGUGCUCGCGCGCAACGCCCGCAUCAACGCGGCCAUGAACCCGAUGGCCGGGCCGGCCGGCGGACAGAUGAUGGCGGGCGCCAUGAUGCCCGGUAUGAUGGCCCCAGGAAUGAUGGGACCCGGGGGUCCUGGCGGAAAUCCAAACCAGCAAAUGAUGCUCGCGGUACAACUUCAGCUACGUCUACUAAUAUGGUGUUUAUUGAUGUGGCUUUUAUACCAUAACUAUUAGUAUGCUUGUUCCAGUUUAUAAUAUGAUUUCUCUGCGAUAUUUUAGCGACUCUUUUAUCGCUGAAUAUGUCGACACACCUCCCUCGAAAAACAAAACGAAAACAGAGCCAGCAAUUGGCGCAGCAGACGGCAAACGCCCCGGGCGGGUUGAUCGAUCCGAAAGCGAUGCUUAAAUCGCAGCAAGCCCUCGCAACGGGCGGCAGCACGGGGAUGAGUAACGACAUGAAAGUCACGGAGCUGUUCGACUAUAUUCGAGACCGCAACCAGUGGCUUGAUCAGCGCUUUUCAGAAAUGGACAAACGGUUCGAGCGGAUAGACCGAAACUGCGGUGCCCUAGUCAUUUUCAUGGACCAAUCGAAGAAGCGGGAAGCGGCCCAGGAAAAGUCUGCCGGUGCGAGCGGCAAAAAGAACGCGGGCGACAGCGGCACUGAUUGGCGCAGAAUACGAAAACUCGAGGAUCAGGUUGACGCUCUCCAGUCCGGCAACGAACGAAUCCUGGAACUGCUGGAGCGCACGCAGUACCGUGAACCGCCCGUCAUGCGCCAUCCCGGAUCCCCGUCACGCCGCUAAGGAAGUUCUCCAUCCGGCCGCCGAAAGGAAGAAGGAUUUCUAUUUCAAACUGCUCUUUUUGUGCCUGCUUUGUACUUCUAACCAGUACAACGGCUGACGUCCCUUCGGUUUCCGAGAGGGAGAAAGAAGUGGCGCUACACCCCUUGCUCUUGUCGAUUGACAAUUACUUGUGACAAUUUACACAAAGGGUUUUUCGUUUCUGUUUCCGUUUCUCAAGCAAAACAACAAACUUCCAAGAAUCUUAAAGCUAAGUCCUAGUCUAAAAUCUUCCAAGUUAGAAAUAUGUCACGACUUCAAUAUCUUAUCCUUGCUUAGUGUCAAUAACGUCAAAGUCAAAUUCUAGCCAAACCUUCCAAGAAUCUUAAAGCUAACAAUUCGCAGCAAACUUCUAGCAUGCAAGCCCAAGCCUAGAAUGCUUGCAAUAAUUUGAACUCGUCAA